AUGGGUAUCGGUGCCGUGGCAGAGCCCUUGGUGGUAAUCACCCUACUCUUCGGCGGGACCUACUUCAACCGCAACACCGGAAACAGCAACGCCUACGACAACCUGGGGUGGAGGGGAUCCGACUUUGACGAUGUCGAACACAAGCGCUCCGACGAGCGCCGCUCCGGCAACUCGACACCCGACUCGGAAGAGUCGCUGCUCUCGGUCGGCGCAUGGAGCUCAUCAUCGACGUUGACGCCGCAGGAGGAGCCGCCCCGACGCAUGCGACGGAUCAAGUUCUUUGGCUACCAGCGCAUGGUGUCAUCACCAAACACCAGAGUAUUCAAGGACCGCCUUCUCUCCCGCGUGCUCCGCAAGUUCCCGUUCUUGGUGGAGGCGUGGUACUGGGCCCUGAUCUACUGGGUCUACCAAGUCGGCCGAGCCUUCACGGCUCUGACCCUCAACGAGGGCACCGUCGACGUCGCCCGCAAGCACGCCCUGCAGCUCAUCCACCUCGAGCAGCGCCUGCACGUCUUCAUCGAGGUGCCCGUCCAGCAGUACUUCCUCCAGCUGCCCACCGUCAUGCACUGGAUCAACCGCAUCUACUCCUUCAUCCACAUCCCCGGCACCAUCCUCUUCCUCGUCAUCUUGUACUACGUCACGACCACCCGCAGACGCCGCGCCAUCUCCACCAAGCUCGGCGGCAACGAGAACGUUAGGUGGAACUCGGCCGGCCCUGCGCUGUACGAGGCCCGUCGUCGCACCAUGGCCACCUGCAACCUGCUCGCCUUCGUCGUCUUCACCCUGUGGCCCUGCAUGCCUCCUCGCCUGCUGAGUGACCCCACCUACAACGGCCCCGAUGCCGGCGAGGCUAAGAGCUUCGGGUUCGUGGACACGGUUCACAGCGCCGACGGCGAGAGCAGUGUCUGGACCACUAACAAGUUCUGCAACCAAUAUGCUGCCAUGCCCUCGCUGCACUUCGGUUACUCCCUCCUCAUCGGCCUGACCGUCGCCACCCUCCCGCUGCCCUCGAUCCGCUCGCGCCCCUGGAAGCGCUUCGCCAUCGUCGCCGCCGGCAUGUCCUACCCCGCCCUCAUCCUCACCGCCAUCGUCGCGACCGCGAACCACUUCGUCCUCGACGCCGUCGCUGGCGCCAUCGUCUGCGGCAUUGCGUGGAACUGCAACGGCGUCCUCCUCAACCUGCUGGUUAUCGAGGACUACUUCCUGCGCCUCCUGCGCAUCCACAAGCCCGUCAACUGGACCGACCCCGAGGCCUCCAUGGCCGAGGAGCGGUUCGCCGCGGUGGAGGAUGGUGCAUAA